AUGGCUAAACCAAACAUCAUGCCAAAAGAGACCGGUCAAAUAGAAGAAUGUCACACUCAUAUAGAAAUCCUCACAGUCAAUGGAGAGUUGCUAUUCUUCAGGCAAAGGGAAGGACCUUUUAUCCCCACGCUGACAUUACUUCAUAAAUAUCCGUUUAUUCUACCACAUCAACAAGUUGAUAAAGGAGCCAUUAAAUUUGUACUUAGUGGAGCAAAUAUAAUGUGUCCUGGCCUGACAUCUCCAGGAGCCAAACUUUAUCCUGCUGCCGCUGACACAAUCGUGGCAAUAAUGGCAGAAGGCAAGCAACAUGCACUGUGCGUUGGAGUCAUGAAGAUGUCAGCAGAUGAUAUAGAGAAAGUCAACAAAGGGAUUGGCAUUGAGAAUAUUCACUAUUUAAAUGAUGGUCUCUGGCAUAUGAAGACAUAUAAGUAAAGUGGCAGAUAAUGUGCAACUCUGAUGGAUUGCACUUUCUGUCAAUGUGGACUACUUUGUAAUUCUGUUUUUAAUGCGUGACUGAAUGUACAAACUUAUUUUGUUUUGUGGCUAUGCUAAAUAAAUCAAGUGAAUGCUGAAA